GUUCCCUCCUCCUGACAUUGACUGAGCACUCACAGUCUCUCUCAUACACACACACACACACACAUACACGCUUUCUCCGCUGAGGCCAGCACAGAGCCAGAGAGGAGGGACUGUUUGCAGCUCCGAGAGCCAGCUGUCGUUUGCUCAGAGCUGCGUCUACUCUCUUCCUGACUCUCUCGUUCUCCACUGGCCUCAUCACUCCAUGGGACUCCAGACCUGGCCGCCAAGUAAACCACCACUAUCCUCCAUGGCCUGCCUUGAUGUGGAGACCCCUACCAUCUGCAGGGGUAAAUUCAAAUCAGUCCUCCAGCUCUGUCUGCAACAGAGGAGAACUCGGGAGCAGCUUGUGGAGCAAGGCAUCAUGCCACUUCACCUUUCGACAGCUCUGAAAACGCCCGCUGCCUUCCAUGAGCAGAUCCGCAGCCUGGAGAGAGCCAGGACUGGGAGCUUCCUGAAGCACAAACUCUGCAGCAGACCUGAGCGCUCUGAGCUUGUCCGUAUGCACAUCCUGCAAGAGACGCAGGCUGAACCCUCCCUGCAGGCCACACAGAUGAAGCUGAAGAGGGCCAGAUUGGCUGAUGAUCUCAAUGAGAAGAUCUCCCAGCGGCCUGGACCCAUGGAGCUGGUGGAGAAGAACAUCCUGCCUGUGGACUCCGGUGUCGAAGAAGACAUGGAUGGUCCAACAGGUGGUGAGGCAAACUGCUCUAAAGAUAUUUACAACUUUGAUGAGGACAGCAGUGGAGCGUUAUCACCACAGCCUGCCAGCCAACAAUCUCCCAGCUCCACAUCUGCCUCUCCAAAGGAGUCUGGACGGACUGAGGCCGCUUCUACUUCCUCUAAAUUAAACUCCUCCAUAAAGCACUCCCCACCACCUAACACACAGUCCACAUCAGACGCAGUUGGUCUUGUCUCUGAGAAACAAAGCAACCGACAGGCACCUACACCUCAGCCAGUCACUACUGUUGUCCCCAGUAUCAUACCCGGGCCACUUCUAGUGAAGCAAAGCCUGCCCAAGCUACCCAGCGAUAAAAGCCGCAGCAAAAAGAGCAAAGAGCCCAAACCACGGGUGAAAAAGUUAAAGUACCAUCAGUACAUCCCCCCGGACCAAAAGCAGGAGCUCAAUGAAGUGCUGAUGGACUCGGCCUACGCUCGCCUCCUGCAGCAGCAGCAGCAGUUCCUGCAGCUUCAGAUCUUAAACCAGCAGCAGCAGCAGUACAGCUACCAGGCCGUCCUGCCUGCCUCACUCAAACCAACAACUGAGGUACAAACCAGCUGUUCCACUGUUGCUCUGAGUGGAAACGCUGUGUCUACCCCUGUGCAGCCACGCCACACUCAGACGAACCGCAAGCCGGAUCACUUACCAGCUAAUCUGGAUGAGAUGAAGGUUGCUGAACUGAAAAUGGAACUAAAACUCAGAUGCCUGCCUGUUUCUGGGACUAAGACAGAUCUCAUAGAGAGGCUUAAGUCAUAUCAGGAGAACUCUAACAUUCAGACUGUGGCUGCCAUUGAGACAGCAGCAUCACAGUCUGAAAACACAAAGUUAACCCCUCCUGUGUCCCCUAUAGCCUCUAGAGUGUCCAAUUUGGGCAUAGAGGAUAGCAGUAUGGCAGACAGCCCCGCCAAGCUUUCAGGUGCUCUGUCUCCUACUCACACUGCUCCCUGUGUGAACUCCCCACAGAGAGCUCCACAGGAGGAGACGAGGUGCUACGAGAAGGACUCUGAGAAGGACAAACGUCUCCACGAGAAGGAGCGUCAGAUUGAAGAGCUGAAGAGGAAGCUGGAGCAGGAGCAGAGGCUGGUGGAGGAGCUGAAGAUGCAGCUGGAGGUGGAGAAGAGAAGUCAGCAUGGAGAUUCUCCACCUCAGCUCAGCCCUCUUGCAACAGUCCAGGUCAAAGAGGAAAACAGGACAAACUGCUCAGCGUCCUGCAGUUCUCCUGGUCUGCCAGUGUUGAUUAAACAAGAGGAGGCAGCAGAUCACUUCGCUCCUCAAAAUCAGUUCAUCAUCAGCCACCAGGCCGUCAAACAGCCUGAAACCCUGCAGCCGAUCCAGACUGAAGCUCAGAUCCUCCUGCCUGCUUCCCAUCCUGCCUCAGCAGUCACUCUCCAGCUUCCUGCCAGCAGCAUUAAAUUACACACUUCUGUUAGCAGCGCAGCCCCAGGCCUCAUCCAGACCUCUGGACAGGUGCCACAGAAAAUAGAGGCCUCAGCAGCAUUACAACAGCAAUGCAGCACUCAGACUCAGCCACAGACAAAGACUUGGAGGAUGGGUAGCACAGCACAAAGCUUACUCAACACAUUCCCAGCGAGUGGAUGUCCUGUGGGAGCCUCCUCAAGCCAAGACAGUCCUAAAGAUCCUACAAAUAAGUCUCUCUGCUCCAGCCAGCCAACUUCGAUGUUGCCAAAAUUCACAAACCAUGUGUCAAAGUGUAAAGACCCACCUCGCUAUGAGGAUGCAGUCAAACAGACACGCAGCAUGCUAACAGCUGUCCAGGGUCCCACUGCAGCUAGUCAACAGAUGGACGACUUGUUUGAUGUGUUAAUCGAAAGUGGUGAGAUCUCCCCUUUCAUCAGACAGGACUCUCCCAGCCUGGACAAGCCUCUCCCUGUGACAGCCAGUGUAACCACCCUUCCCAUCAACACAGUUUUAUCCCGCCCUCCACCCGUGGUCCAAGUGGCCCAGCCGCCCACAGGACAGCUCAACCCCUCGGCCAGCCUGGCAGCCCUGACCUCUGACCCCCAGCUGGAAACCCUCCUUGGCGGCGCUCACACGGAGCCACAAACGCUGAUGGAGGAGCUACACUCACCUGUAGUCAGCAUUGAGGUAGACUUUAAUGAAAACACAUCGCCCUCUGCUUUGAACUUGCACAGCACCCACAUGGACAAUAUGGAUUGGCUGGACCUUACACUGUCUGUGCCAGCAGAGGGGGUCAGCCCUUUGGACAUGUCAGCGCCAGUAGGCGUCUUCUCCUCUGACUUCCUGGACUCACAUGAACUGCACUUGAACUGGGUUUGACUGAUGUCAUGGAGAAUUCUUACACCCAUCAGACAUUAAUUCAUUCAUCAUCCGAAACUGAUUAUCCUAUUCAGGGUUGUCGGUGGGCUGGAGCCUUUCCCAAUGGACACUGGGUGAGAGGCGGGGCGGGGCACACCCUGGACAGGUCACCAGACUACCACGGGGCUGACAUCUAUCAGACAGAUUCAGAUCCACUUACAUUUUUAUGCAAGGGAAGAUGGCUUUUUGUUUCCUGCGUGGGGAAAUAAGAGCUUUUGGAGGUUGGGGCAGCACUGUUUUGCCUCCUGGCCGUAUAAAUCAGCUCAGUAAUAAUCUAAUUGUGCUGCAUCAGUUUAGGCAUUCCUGCAUUGCGUCCUUUGAGGUCUUUAAACCCUCUGAUUGUACGGGGAGACUGAUGUAAAGUAGGACUGGUACUGGCAGAUUAAUCUGACAGUGGAAGUAGCUUGUAAAAUUUCAAUCUUAAAUUAUGCCAAGGACUUGCUAUCAAUCUGUUUUCAUGUUAUUGUGUUCUCUUUGUUAUCUGAUCAAACUGAAUGUAUAGUGUUACAUUGGCCGUCAUUAUAACUGAAAGAGUGGGAAAGUGUCCUAAUGCUGGUUAAAUAACAAUGGGUAAUCACUGCAUGUUGCUGGGGCUUGUCACGUCAUGUAGUUCACUCCACCCUGUCUGGGAAUUAUUAUCUCUAUCACAACAGAUUGUAAAUACACAAGUGCUAAAUAUUCCCUGUCAAUAUGUAAAUUGUGAAGCAUAAUUCAGGUGUACCACUGUACACAGUGACCAAGCCAGUCUGACCAAUCAAGUAUAUACUCCAAAAUAA